AUGGAAGGCGAGUCUCUGGAUCAGAUGACGGCCCGCCACCGGCGUGAGCUCAAAGACCUCCAAGGCCGGAUCACCAGCAAAAAGAAGAAUGCCACCAAGAAGACGCGCAAGGGCGUCAACGACGAAUGCUCUGAAAUGGAGCGGCAAUUAAGAGAGAAGCAAGCCGCCGAAGUUGCUUCCCUCGACAGCACACCACACGACGUCGGGCCCGAACACGACGACAACAACAACAGCAACAGCAACAACGAAGCCAACGGACUGGAGCGGGCGGCAGCAGAGGCAGAUGACGAGACAAUAGGCACAGCAGUGGACAAGAUGAGAUUGAACAGCGACGCGCCGGCGGCACCGGGCAAGAAGCGGAACCGGCAAAAGGAACGUCUCGCGCGGCGGGCAGCCGAGCAGGAGGCCGCGGCCCAGCAGGCGGAGGAGGAGGCGUCGGGCAUGACGGACCACCGGGCCAGGGAGAGCGAGUACAUGAAGAAGACGUUUGCGGCCCACGGCCUCGUGGAGAAGGACAUUGAGCCGGACGGGCACUGCCUGUUCUCGGCGGUGGCGGACCAGCUGUCGCAGAAUGGGAUCCCGACGGGCCGUACGGACGCGAGCGAGCCCGAGUACAGGACGGUGCGGCGGGCGGCGGCGGCGUACAUGGGCGACAACGGGGAUGACUUCGCGCCCUUUUUGGAGGGCGAUUUGGAGAGUCAUCUCGCCAAGGUGCGUGACACGGCCGAGUGGGGGGGACAGCUGGAGCUCAUGGCGCUGGCCAGGCGGUACGGCGCCGAGAUCCGGGUGGUGCAGGACGGGAGGAUGGAGAGGAUCGGGGAGGAGGAGGGCGCGCAGACGGGCAGGGUGCUGUGGCUGGCGUAUUAUCGCCACGGCUAUGGGCUGGGCGAGCAUUACAAUUCUCUGAGGAGGAAGUGA